UUUCCUUGUGCUGCUGUUGUUGUGUUUGGAUUUACACACCCGCCCCCCUCUCCUUUUCUUGUCACUCUCGUUUCCUGCUUCUUGAUUGAUGUGAAGCCCUCCAGCAUCAUGGCACAGGCCCAUCCACACUCGCACUGGUCGUCCAUGGACGAAGAGCUGAACAUGCGCAGCCGCCACGCACGUGCGGCAAGGUUCUGCAGCUUCGUUUAUUGGGACAGGGACAAGGGCAAGGACACGCACCCAGGCACCCUCCAGCACCCAGUGCGCUCGAAAGACAUGGCUUUGUACCUGGCAACACACAAACGCAGCAAAUGCCGAGGUGUUAAGGUCAUGCACGACCGAGCACAGUUUCGGCUGGACCUGUUGAACGGAAAAGUCAUCCAACCAUGUGGAAACCUCAACUGCUACAUGUGCCUACGAGCUGCAAGCAUCAAGAAAUGCAAGCUGUGUGGCGUGCUCAUGUGGCAGCAAAGUGCCGGCAAGCACAACUGCGACAAUCCUCAGCAGCCCAAGAAGAAGCGAGCCAAGCGCUCCCGCGUGGUAGCGGCCGGUGGCGCGGCCGCCGCGCGCAUGCGCUCUCCACACCACCCGGCUGCGCACCACCAAGCUGGGGUUGACAACACUGGUAACGAUGCCGUGCAUGAGCAUGAGGACGCAGAGGGCAGCGGGCAGUCCCACCCUGAAACAAGCCCGCGCGCAUCAUUCGAGGGAGCAGAGGACGAGGAGUGCACCCCAGCAGCCGAGAUCCAGAAGGCCCGUGAAGGCAUCAACAAGGCUGUCAAAGCGAUUCGCAGCUACUGCGAGCAAGUCCCCGAGAUUCAGGCGUUUCUCGGCAUCUGCAUCAACAAGCGCGUGCAGACGUUUGCCUUCAACGUAUGCCCCAUCAACACGGCGGACCAGAAAAAGAGUCCAGAUGUCUUCCACCUCCACGACGGCAAAGUCCUGCCUGGCCCACCAACCGACCCCAAGGCAUACGACACGCUGUGCGAGACGGUGGCUGAGGCAGACGCCCUGAGGAAAGAGCUGGAUGCGCAGAGGAAAGACCCAGACGCCGACUCCGACGAUGAUGACCUUGCUCAGCGUGCAGCAGCUGCGAGAGACCUCGCCGUUCGGCACACCGUGACGCGCGCGCUUGUGCAGUACCACCGACUGUUCAAGACAGACCGGUCCAUCCUCGACCGUACGCGCAAGGCCACGCAGCGCAACACCACGAUACUGUGCGAGUGCCACCCAAGUUCCCUGGAGCGCAUGCCCAAGCCCUCCCGCCGCUCCCGCCGCCAGCUGCACGGCGCGGCCUCACCGCCCACACCGGCCGCAGCAGCAGCGGAGUCGCCCGCGCCGCUGAGCAUGGUCAACCCGCCAGACCAGGAGCUGCCGCCACUGCCCGCGGCGCCGGCACCGGCACCGGCACCCUCCUCCUCCUUGUCGUCGUCGUCGUCGUUGUCGGCCCAGACCGUGCUGCACAUGACGGGGGCGCGGGCGAUGAUGCGAACGCCUUUCUCAGCAGACACAAGGACUGCCGACCUCGAUGUUUACCAUCCUCAUCACCAUCAGCAACAGCAGCAGCCACCACAACAACAUUAUACCCACCAGCAACAGCAACAGCUUGGUGGUGGUGGUGGUGGUGGCCGUUUCCAGGCGCCUCCGCCCCACAUGCAUCCAGUGCCCCAAUUUACGCAGAGCGUGCCGCCUGUGCAUCAUCACCAUCAUCAUCAUCAGCAGCAGCAACAGCAUCAGCAUCAUCCCUCGCAGCAGCAGCAUCAUCCCUCGCAGCAGCCGUGGCCCAUGAUGCACCCGCAACACCCGCAGACACAGCUGUACAGCCACCAGCAGCUGCCAGCCACAACACAGCCCAGGCAGUCUGCUCCCGUUGGUUCGUAUCUGCAGCCAUCAGCGGCGCCCACACCGCACAUGCCACCGGCAUUCACCACAUACUCGACGCACGCGCCGCCGCCGCCUCUCACGGCUGCGUCGCCGUACAAUCCCCCGCACUGCACGUUUCAACCCGUGCCCGAACAACAACCUCCUCUGCUCGAGUACCAGCACCAGCAGCACUUGCAGUACCCGCAUCAGCAGUACCAACAGCCGGCACAACAACACCAACACCAGGCACAGCUUCACCAGCAGCAACAGCAACAACAAUCACAGCAACAACAACGACAACAACGGCAGCAACAACAGCAUCAGCAGCAGCAGCCACACCUUGUACAGUUGCCAACACAACAAGCACAGCAUUACUUGCCCCAGUCGCAGGAGUACGUACAGGCGGGUGUGCCCGAGCCGCGGCAAAACCAUUUCCAAAUGCCGCCGCCGCAGCCGCAGCAGCCGCUGAUUGCACCCCAGCAGCACCCACAGCAGCAGCAGCAGCAGCAGCAGCAGCAGCAGCAGCCCGUGUUGUCGUCGUCAUCGGCGGCAACGUCGCUCGGCGCUGCGUCAGUGACCCAAGCUGGCGUGCUCACCACCGUCCCGACGGUUGGCGCCGACGCGUUCACUGGCAACGACGAUGCGCAUGCGCCCCUCACCAGCGCAGGCCAGCGCUCUGUGCUUGACAGCGCCAGCGAGUACGUAGCGCCCCCGCUGUCGUCGUCAACAGAGGCGUUUGACUCCCUGCACAUCCCAGCACGGUCGACGGGCGAAGAUGUCAUGUGCGCACCGGCACACAUUGCUGCUACCGCCGCGGCUGCUGAUGUUGAUGUUGAUGUUGAUGCUGAUGCGCAGGGUGGCGACGCUGAGGCGCCUCUCUUGCAGCACAGCAUCGGUGCACCCUUGCAAAACGAAACACAGCAACAGCAGCAACAACAGCAACAACAGCAGCAACAACAGCAACAGCAGCAGCGGCAACAGCAACAACAGCAAACUGGGGAGCAACCGCCCCAUUUGCAAUCGCCGCUGCCGCUGGUUGCGUCGCCUGCGCCGCUCGCUGCAAACGGCGACGAUGGGCAGCGCCGGGACGGAUUUGAUGUGGGCGAGGAUGGAGACGCAGCAACCUCCGCCCAUGCUGGGACCACCACCACUACUACCACUACCACCAGCACCACCGCCGUUGGCUCCGGUGACGCAAAGGGCAACGACAGUGGUGGCAGCAGCGUCAACAUCAGCGCCAUGCACGGCAUCGGCAGCGGGGUGGAAGCAACUGACAUGCCGUGCGAGCAUGAAGGCAACACCCUUGCUGGCGAGCACACACGCGCGAGCGGAGACAGCGCUGGUAUGUUUGAAGGUGAAGAUGAUGACCUCUGAUGGUUUAGUGGAUUGGAGGGGUGGAUUGUUCCGUAGCCUGAUGAACAGGAGUGCCCUUUCUCGUUUGGGCACAGUGAUGCCAGCAGUGCUGACCGUUUGUGUGAAUGCUCGCUGCACUGCACACUGAGUAUAUAUAUGCUGUAAGUUUGAACGAUAUGUAUUCUUGUUGUUUGGUUCUGCUUCUCUCAGGGGUUGAAUGUGUGUGUGCGCGUGCGUGUGCGUGUGUACGUGUGCGCCCGUGCGUGUGCGUGUGUACGCGUGCGUGUGAGAAUGUGAAAGCGAGUGCGUGAAAGAGAGGGAAUGUACGAUGCGACCAAGCAAGCGUGACGUGCUUUUGUAUGUGCCUCAGGUUGUGCCCAGCGUGCGUUGGGGUUUCACCGCUCCAUGCUGGGUUGUGUCUUGUUUCCUCUUUUGUGUGUUGUGUUGUGGAGUGGAUGAUUUGCGGUUUCUGAUGGACCGAUAUGCGAGCUGAUCGAUGUGCGUUUAUACGUUAUAUGCGUUGGCGGACGUUGUUGUGUUUGGUUUCAAUAAACGCCCCCGGCCCUGGC